AUGCUAAAGUUAGUUGGAGCAAUCUUUGUUAUGUUGAAUGUUGCUUCUGUUUCUGGUAGUUGCAUAGAGAAGGAGAGACAAGCACUCCUUGAGUUGAAGUCAGGUCUUGUGUUGGAUAACACUUACCUUUUACCUUCUUGGGACAGUAAGAGUGAUGAUUGUUGUGCAUGGGAAGGAAUUGGUUGUAGCAAUGAAACUGGCCAUGUUGAAAUACUUGAUCUAAAUGGUGAUCAGUUUGGUCCUUUUGUAGGCGACAUCAAUGAGACAUUGAUCGAGUUGCGGCAUUUAAAGUAUUUGAACCUCAGUUGGAAUCUGUUUUCAAACAGUUAUUUCCCAGAAUUAUUUGGUUCUCUAAGAAACUUGAGAUUUCUUGAUCUCCAAGGUUCAUUUGAUGGGGGAAGAAUUCCAAAGGAUCUUGCUCGUCUUUCGCACUUGCAAUAUCUUGAUCUUUCAGACAAUGGCCUUGAGGGUACAAUCCCUCAUCAACUUGGAAAUCUCUCUCAUUUGCAGUACCUUGAUCUUAGUUCAAAUGAUCUUGCGGGAACCGUUCUUCGUCCACUUGGAAGUCUUUCAAAAUUGCAGGAACUUCAUCUAGGAUACAAUCAAGGACUUAAAGUUUAUUUCGGAGGUGAGUGGCUUUCUAAUCUCACUCUUUUAACGCAUCUUGACUUGAGUCGCUUGCCAAAUCUCAAUUCUUCUCAUGUCUGGCUGCAAAUGAUUGGAAAGCUUCCAAAAAUACAAGAAUUGAAGCUAUCUGGUUGUGUUCUUUCAGAUCUUUACCUUCUUUCUCUGUCUCGUUCGCUAUUGAAUUUUUCUACUUCUCUUGCAAUUCUCGAUCUUUCACAGAAUGCCUUCUCAUCAUCCAAAAUAUUUGAGUGGGUGUUUAAUGCCACCACCAACUUAAUUGAGCUUGAUCUUAGCUAUAACAUCUUCAAAGGCACCAUUCCAUAUGAUUUUGGCAACAGGAGAAACAAUCUUGAACGACUUGACUUGUCUGGUAACGUACUGCAUGGUGGAAGCAGUAUGGAAUCCUUUAGUGACAUAUGUAGCUUAAACUCAUUGAAACUUGAUUCUAACAAUUUGAAUGAAGACAUUUCAACAAUUCUUCUCAAAUUGGCUGGUUGUGCUAGAUACUCACUGCAAGAUUUAAGCUUACAUCACAACCAAAUUACUGGCACAUUGCCUAACCUUACAAUAUUCCCAUCUCUAAUAACAAUCGACAUUUCAAAUAAUAUAUUAAGUGGGAAGGUACCAGAUGGAAUUCCAAAAUCAUUGGAGUCGUUGAUAAUUAAAUCAAAUUCUUUAGAAGGUGGAAUUCCCAAAUCAUUUGGUAGCCUAUGUUCAUUAAGGUCACUAGACCUGUCAAGUAACAAGUUGAGUGAAGAUCUUUCAGUAAUGCUUCAUAAUUUGUCUGUUGGGUGUGCAAAGAACUCGCUGAAAGAAUUAUACUUGGCUAGCAACCAAAUUGUUGGCACGGUACCUGACAUGUCAGGGUUCUCAUCUUUAGAAAAUCUGUUCCUUUAUGAAAAUCUAUUAAAUGGGACGAUCCUAAAAAAUUCUACAUUCCCCUAUCGAUUAGUGAACCUCUACUUGGAUUCCAAUGAUUUGCAUGGUGUGAUCACUGACUCUCAUUUUGGAAACAUGUCCAUGUUAAAAUAUUUAAGCUUGAGUUCCAAUUCAUUGGCUUUGAAAUUCAGUGAAAAUUGGGUGCCACCUUUUCAACUAUCUACCAUAUAUUUAAGGUCUUGUACUUUAGGGCCAAGUUUUCCGAAAUGGCUACGGAGUCAAAAAUAUCUUCAAAGGGUGGAAAUUUCUAAUGCUGGAAUCUCAGAUGUUGUUCCAGUGUGGUUCUGGACUCAAGCAACAAAUAUAAGGUUCACUAAUAUUUCGUACAAUAAUCUCACUGGCACAAUUCCAAAUAUGCUCAUAAGAUUUUCUACAGGUUGUCAAGUAAUUAUGGAUUCAAAUCAAUUUGAAGGUUCAAUCCCUCUGUUUUUUCGAAGUGCAACAUUGCUACAGUUGUCUAAUAACAAAUUUUCUGAAACUCACUUGUUUUUAUGUGCCAACACUGCGGUUGAUAGGUUGCUCAUAUUGGAUCUAUCAAAGAAUCAAUUAUCAAGGAAGCUCCCUGAUUGUUGGAAUCAUUUGAAAGCAUUGGAAUUUCUAGAUUUAAGCGACAAUACUUUGUCUGGUGUAGUUCCAUCCUCAAUGGGAUCAUUACUUAAAAUUAAGGUAUUGAUAUUGCGCAACAAUAGCUUGACAGGGAAGUUACCUUUCUCAUUGAAAAAUUGCACAGAACUGAUCAUGCUAGAUCUUGGAGAUAAUAGAUUCUCGGGACCAAUACCGUAUUGGCUAGGACAACAAUUACAAAUGUUAAGCUUACGAAAGAACCAUUUCAAUGGAAGCCUUCCGCAGAGUCUUUGUGACAUAACAAACAUUCAGCUGUUGGAUCUCUCUGAGAACAAUCUAUCAGGACGAAUUUUCAAGUGCUUGAAGAAUUUUUCCGCAAUGUCUCAAAAUGUUUCCCCAAAUAAAACCAUAGUUUCUGUAUUUGUUUAUUACAAAGGCACCCUUGUAUAUGAAGGCUAUGAUUUGAUUGCAUUGUUGAUGUGGAAAGGUGCAGAACGACAAUUCAAGAAUAAUAAGCUCAUUUUGAGAAGUAUUGAUCUAUCAAGCAAUCAAUUGAUAGGAAAUAUUCCAGAAGAAAUAGGAAACUUGAUGGAGUUGGUGUCGUUGAAUUUAUCAAACAACAAUUUGAAUGGAAAAAUUACUUCAAAGAUUGGAAGGUUAACAUCACUUGAAUUUCUUGACUUGUCAAGAAACCAUUUCUCUGGUUUGAUUCCACCUUCUCUAGCUCAAAUAGAUCGCUUGUCCUUGUUGAAUCUGUCGGAUAAUUAUCUCUCUGGAAGAAUUCCAAUUGGCACGCAGCUGCAGAGUUUCAAUGCCUCAAAUUAUGAAGGGAAUGUUGAUCUUUGUGGGAAACCACUUGACAAAAUAUGUCCAGGAGAUGAUGAAGUUGUGCCCGAGAAACCAGAAAGUAGUCCAGAAGAUAAAAAACCAAUUUAUUUGAGUGUGGCAUUGGGAUUUAUCACAGGAUUUUGGGGACUAUGGGGAUCAUUUCUGCUGUGGAAGACUUGGAGACAUGCAUAUGUCUUGUUCUUGGACAACAUAAUUGACACAAUGUAUGUGUUUAUGGUGCUGAAUGCAACUAAGUUUCGAAGAUGGCUUAGAGGCUUGUUGGUAAACUUUUCUUUUCCUUCUUUCACUCUUGCCUUUAUAUAUUGUAGUCAGAAGUUUAAACCAUGA